GGAAGACAGAAGAUAAUGUUGGGUAGUAGGUUAUAAGAGAUUUGGCGAUAUGUCGCAGCAUGUGAUCAGACAAGGCUGCUCUACCCCUCCAUGAGACAAUCGCGAAGGGCCAAUGAUGUGUCUAUGUACGUCUUUAUCUCUGCAGUGUGCCGCAUUCACGAUGCCAAUUCAACAACAAAGUACACCUUGCGGCCUGAACCAGUACUUUUGCUUCUCUCUCAAGCAAACAAACCUCACCCCCCCGGUAGAGCUUUAUUUAUUCUUGAAUAACCGCAUCAUCUAUGCUUCCAAUGCUUCCAACUUUCGAACAAAGCCAUGAGUGAGACAACCCAUAUUUUUGAUCCACAGGGGGAAGUCAUCAUAAUUCUGCAACGCCAAGACCAUGUAUUUGCACCCUGGAAUGAAUGUGCAGAAUGUGAACCAGUUGACCCUCAUGCCGAAGUGGGUGGAAUCAACAUGAGCAACGAUGUUGCAACUGAUGAAAGCCAUGAAGGAGUUGGAAGAAGGAAGAGGAAAGGGGGGGAAAAGAAAAUCUGGUCUGGACCUGGUAAGCCUAACUUACCACUGCCGAGCCACCUUCUGAAGAACUACCUGUCGAAGAACCGCCUGUCGAAGAACCGCCUGUCGAAGGAUCACCUGCUGAGCAACCUGUUGCAUUUGACGAACAACUUGAAGUAUGCUCAAAUUCUACCCUUGGUAACCGGUCAGAAAAUGCUUUUGAUAGACACGACAAAGCUACCAUGCAGACAUUUGGAAACGAGGAACAUGUGGAAGAGGAUUGCUUUCGCAUCCAGGUAUCAGCAAAGCACUUGAUAUUGUCCUCACCUGUGUUCAAUAAAACAUUUACUGG